UGGCGGUGCACUAGAUAAUGAGUUGCUGUCAGUGCCUUCAGAUUUUUUAAAGCAGUCUAGGUGACCACAAGCAGAUGAAUUCAUGAGCACUUGUUGCUGUGCCCUGAUCUUCAAAGGCAAAAAGUCGAAGAAGAGAGAUCACAAUGGCAGUACAGACUCGAUCGUUCGACAGGGCUCGUUCAGUGGUUCGCAACACUCUGAUCUAAACAACGAUCGCCAUGGACGGAAAAAAUCUAAACUCGUCAAGCCGACUGAAGAUCGUGUUCAAAGAGUAGAUGAGGAGUUGUGUCAUCGAACAAGACCGAGUCCAUCACUGCAUGAAAGUGAGCAAAGUAAAUCAUCAUCCAAUAACGGGGUGAUAGAUUUAAGUACAGAUUUUCGUGUACAAGUAUUAGGAUUACUGGAGAAUGUACAAGGGUUGGAUCAUUCUCAAGAAGAUCACAUGGACUUGAUCAACACACUGGACAGAGCUAAGAUGAAUGGACAGUUAUCCCUCUCAACUCAAGAGGAGGAUUUUGUUAUUUUAACUUUGUCAAAGUAUGGAUUGAAGGUCACAGAACUUUACCCUCCAUCACCCAAGGUUGUCAGGAAACGGUAUCCACUGACUGAUAUCAUCCGUAUUGUGAAUUUUGAAGAUCCACUAAACCAGUCACUUUUAGCUGUAAAGAUUGGUAGAGUCGGUGAUGAUGUCUAUGACUGUCUAAUAUUUCAGUGUCCUAAUCAGGAACAAGCAAUAGAAAUUUGCAAGACACUUACAAAGAUCUUUGAUGCUAUCUGUGAGAUUGAAGUGCUGGAAAGUGACCUCAGUGAAAAGUACAAGACUCUGUGA